AUGGAAACGAGCCUUCAACUAGCGGGGGACGCUAUAGUACGUGUUCGGUCCAGCGGAAAGAAAUCAAGAUCAGCCAAAGUCACCGCUCAAGAUCUUUUCGGCGUAGACUCCGAUGAUGGUGAAAUCAACGAUGUAACAUGUAAAAAUACAUCUCCUUUAGUAUCUUAUUUAACAAAACGGGUAACAAACGGCUUUUCACGACAAAUAAAGUUUGAUAAGCCUGGCAGUCAUUUUGUCGAAAUAAAAAUAUAUAAAUGCGAAGAAAUCGAGCGCGUAUCUCCGAUGAAUAGAUGGCGUUAUGCAAUAGUUGCUCUUAAAAAUAGAACAAAUGUUGAUACCGAGUCCUGGCGACAUUUAUCAGCAUAUUUAAGCGAAGUCCGAAAGGAGUUCAAGGAAUGUUCGCCAAAUUUCAUAAAUUCACAUUUAUUG